AUGAAGAGGAGGAAGAUCGACUGGCGGAGAUACUCUGCGCCAGUUGCCAUCGCAAGCAUGUUCCUCGCGGCCCUGUCUGUCGUACUCUACUUCAACAUUCGUGAAUACCUCACAGUCCGGGAUGAGGCCAAACUGCCGAGGGUGACGGUCGAUCUCGGCUAUGCGAGGUAUUCUGGGAACGUACUCCCCGGCGGCGUGAACCAGUUUCUGGGGAUGCGAUAUGCGGCGCCUCCCAUAGGAAACCUGAGAUGGCGCGCUCCUCAAGACCCAGAGCCCAAGGAGGGCACGACGGAUGCCAUCGAUUUUGGGCCGAUAUGCCUCGGGACGGAUGUGACUUAUCCAACCUCGGGUCAAGACGAGGAUUGUCUGUUCGUCAACGUCUGGUCGCCCAAUAACACGACACCGGACUCGAAGCUCCCUGUAUGGUUGUUUAUCCAAGGUGGAGGUUACACUUCCAAUGCCAAUCCCAACUGGAACGGCUCUCAGGUCGUCGACGUCUCCGACCAAAACAUUGUCUUUGUCAACUUCAACUACAGGGUCGGCUUGUGGGGGUUUCUAGCGAGUGAGCGCGUUAGGAAGGAUGGAGCGUUGAACGUGGGGCUUUUGGACCAGCGACUGAUGAUGAAAUGGGUUCAAAACCACAUCUCAAAGUUCGGGGGAGAUCCAGGACAUGUCGUCAUUCAUGGACUUUCGGCGGGUGCGGGCUCAGUCGCUCUCCACCUCGCGGCCUACGGCGGAAGGGACGACAAGCUAUUCGUAGGCGCCAUGUCAGAGUCCGUCUUCUUCCCUGCCCAGCCUCGCGUACCCGAGCUCGAGUACCAGUUCAACAAGACGGUGGAGAAGGUCGGUUGCAAGGACGACAAGGACCAGAUGGGGUGUCUCCGGAGCAAGGACAUCAAGGCCAUUCAGGACGCCAACAUCGGCUCGCCGUUUCCGGGGAGGUCGGAAAAUCCACGCUUUUACUGGACCCCCUGCGUAGAUGGCGACCUCCUGCAGGACUAUCCAUACCGGCUUUACGAAAAGGGGUCUUUCCUCAAGGUGCCCGUGCUCUUCGGCACUGGUACUGACGAGGGAUCCGUCUUUGCCGCCAAUGUCGCAACUGAAGAGGAGUUCGUCUCCUUCAUAGCGGACAACUACCCAAAGCUUACGAAAAAUGAGACCGAUCUCAUGUCGAAGAACUACCCGCUUAUGCCUGCCCUCCCGAAUCACAACGCCUGGUUCCCCUCCGCCAGCCAGGCUUACGGCGAGGCGACUUUCAUCUGUCCGGCCAACAACAUCAUGGACGCCUACGCGACCGCGAAUCGGUCCUCCAUGAGCUGGUCUUACCGCUUCAACGUCCAGGACAACCAAAACACUGCCUCCGGGAUCGGCGUUCCGCACGUAUUCGAGGCGCCCGCCAUCUUCGGCAUCGACUCGUGUCCGACGCCCGACAGUUUCCGCACGUACAACAAGCCCAUCGUCUUGCUGAUGAUGAAUUACUGGAUAUCCUUCAUUCGGGACUUGAACCCAAACACCUAUAAGCUCGACGGCGCGCCAGUCUGGGGCACCUGGGGGAGGAACCAGUCGCGGUUCGUGUUCGAGAUCGGCAAUAACCGCAUGGAGAACGUCGACGACGGGCAGAAGUCCCGAUGCGGUUUCUGGAAGGGCAUCGUACAAGCCACGGAUCAAUAG